AUGGAGCUGAAAGGUAAAGUCGCCAUUGUUAGCGGGGCUGCCGAGGGUUUCGGGAAAGCAUUCGCCGAAGUUCUUUUGUUAAAGGGAUGCAAGGUUUGUUUAUGUGAUAUCAAUGCCCCCCUCGGUCAGAAAACUACUGGUAUUUUUGAACAACGUUUUGGUAAAGAAAACGCCAUAUUUGUAACAUGCGAUGUUACAGUUGCUGAGCAAUUUGCAGAUGUUUUUAAGAAAACAAAGCUUGAGUAUGGGAAGAUAGAUAUUGUCGUCAAUAACGCGGGAGUUGCUAACGAGAAAGAAUGGCGGCAGACGAUAAUGGUCAAUCUGAUAGGUUCAAUGCAGGGUACAGAGCUAGCUGUAAAAUAUAUGAGUAAAGAAAAUGGCGGACACGGAGGUGUGAUAAUUAACAUAGGAUCGGCAACAGGAUUUGAACCAGUGUUUUUUAUGCCAGCAUAUGCUGCCUCAAAACAUGGACUAAUUGGAUUUACAAGAAGUUGGUCUGUAAGUAAACGCAAUGAAGCUAAUGGUUUAAGAUUUGCUUGUCUCUGUCCAGCGUUUGCCGAAACCAACCUAAUACGAUUUACAGAAGGGACAACCUUAUCCAAUUCUACUGCUGAAGCUUUGCUGAAAGAAAUAGGCGUCGUCAAGAUGUCACAAGUCGUGGAGAGUUUCAUGGAAUUGUUAGCAGACGAGUCUAACAAUGGUGCCGUAUUGAAAUUAACACUAGACGACGGGGCAGAAUACAUGUACAGGGAUGCGCGUUAA